AUCGCACCUGUUGCUCCUGAAGAUCUAUAUCAUUUUAAAGGCCCUCAGCCAGUUCAUAACCACUUCCUUAAGGGCCUCCUAUCUCAUGAUAGUGUCAUAGCUUUUUAUAUCACUGUCUCUAGUGACUUUACUAAUAAGACACCUGUUUUUUGA